AUGUUUGAUGGGCGACAUGGCAACAGUGGUACUUGUCGCUCUUCGCAGAAAACGGUACUUGAACAAUGCAGGCUGGAACACAGGUAUGCGUGGCACCAGUCCAGCCCCCUGCAGACGGCGUCGAACCGUCGACGCCAACAUGACCACACUCGUACGCGGCCAUCGCUGCACCACAAAUUGAAGCCCAAUGCUGUGGACGAUGUCGUUCUGUCAGUUACAGCCAUGCGGUGUGGUGUUUUGUGGUACGUGAGCGCUGCUACAGCGGUGUUUGUGGUGCUGAGCGCUGCUACAGCGAGUUGUUUGGUGUGGUGUUUUUUUGGUGCUGAGCGCUGCCUACAGCGAGGUGUUUUUUGGCGCUGUCUACAGCGAGUGGUUUGUGGUACUGAGCGCUGCUUCAGCGAGUGUGAUGUUUGUGGUACUGAGCGCGAGAGGUGUGGUGUUUGUGGCGCUGCUACAGCGAGUGUUUGUGGUAAUGAUUGCGAGAGGUGUGGUGCUUGUGGUACUGAGUGUGAGAGGUGUGGUGUUUUUGGUGCUGAGUGCGAGAGCGAGUGUUUGUGGUGUGAGCGCUGCUACAGCGGUGUUUGUGGUGGACUGAGUGCGAGAGGUGUGGGUUUGUUUGUGGUGGCUGAGCGCUGCUACAAGCAGUGUUGUGGCGCUGCAACAGCCGAGUGUUUGUGUGCGGCAGGUGAUCCGGCCGCACGCCGGCCCCCUCGCGCGCUCGGUGUGAUGGACCGCGUCUGGGUGACGCGGCCCCCCGCUGCUGCCGGUGAGUACCCACCGCCCACGUGCGCUGGUGUUCACGUGCGCUGUGCGUGGGUGGGCCGACUGCCCCACAUGCGGCGCCCGACGCCCGGGUCGUCGUGUGUGGACACGCGACAUUCGGCGACCGGCGCUUCGCAGGCGGUGCCAGGAACGCCCACGCGCCCAACAAGGAGACCUCACGCGUCGUAUGUCAACAAACGAAAAGAACUCGCGUGGGUAGCAUGUGGGACGGCCGAUUACCCCACAUGCAGCGUCUGGUGCGUGGCGCGGCACGCCGCGUCCCGUGCCAGGCGCACCCACGCCGCUAACGACCAGAACAUUCCACGUCCCGCUGACGCCUUGACACGCAGAAAAAAAGCGCUCAGCUAUACGCAUCGUUAUGCGGCUCCUCGGCUGACCUAUAUCUCUCGGUACUUGCCGUGUGAUUCUCGACUCCACACCGUCCCCAGCGCCGACGUGGCCGUAAAACGCAGCGUCGGCCGCUGCCAUCGGCCGUCCUCGCCGUCGCGGGUGAUUCACGCUCGUGCGGUGCGGGGGCGCGCGCUCGCGGCUGCUGACCUGAGGGGCGUCGCCAAUCGGCGUUCGCCACACGCGACGCCGCGCCGGGAACAUCGGGGCCGAGCGGGCGGGCGGACUAGGGAGCGAGAAGGCGAGCGAGAAGGCGAGCGAGACGGGCGGGCGAGACGAGGGCGGGCGAGAGGAGNCAAUCGAGCCGACCGCGACUUCUUGCGCGCCGCCGCCGCCGCCGCCGACCGCGGACGCCGGCCCGCGGGGCCGUCGACCGCGAACCGCCGACAGGAGCCGCUCCUGGAACGUCGGCGGCCGUUUCGCGCGGGCGCGCUCGUGCCCUAUGGACCGCGGGCGUUCUGGGAAGCCGCUGAGGAGGUGAUGGUGAUGGGGAGGGGAAGGUGGCGGCGUUCGGUGACCGUUGGUGCUCUCGGGCUUCACGGUCGAUCUGUCCAGAGCACCCUGUGCCCCUUCCUGGGCGCUCAUCUGCAGUCUUUUGUCUCUCUUGGAAGACAUGAGUGUUCGGGGCGGGGAAUUUCUGCACAACAAGUAAUGUGUGACUCUCCGUGCAAUUUGGUCCGUCCCGUCGGUCGAACCGCAACGCGCAAGCUCUGCAAAACGUUGACAUAA